GGACAGUCAGUAGUUGCUCAAUGUUCGUCGUCGUUUGUUCCGAAGGUGUUUUUCCACGAAGGUGUUCGUUCUCGCGAGUCCGUGUUCAUUAGUCGUGAUAGUGAUUUUCACGUCUAUUUAUUUGCUGAUCAUUUUCGCCAUUGUCUGCGCGCGAGUGUCGGCAGAGAAAUUCCCGUGUUCCUGCGUUUCGGAGCUGGCUCGUCUCUCGAUACGGUUCCUUCUCUGUUUGGUUUGAUGGUUCGAUCGAAAUUCGACUUCCAUCGUGGUUCAGAAAAUUGGUGCUUUCUGCUGCGAAAUUAGGGAGAUAAAAUUCUCGACGGCGUGUGUAUGUUAGUAAAUUUUACCUGCAAUGUGUGUUCGAAUUUGGGUUGUACAAAUAAGUGCGAUCCCCAUCAUCUCUCGAGAUAGAGAGUUAACAAGCGUAAAAAAAGUUUGAGAAGCAGUCGCGGUUGUGUAUGCGCUGGCUGCUAAGCCACGCUGUGAUUGGUGUGAGUGUUGUGCGAAGGAAUCAACACGAACAGAAGGCAGAAAAACAUCGAAGUGUGACCAGAUUUGCCGAUGUAAUGAGCCGCGAUUCGAUGGCGGAUUAAUAUUGGGUUCUUCUCACCCAGGAUAGUGAGCGAAUUCGCGAGAAUUUACAGUACAUAAACAAUAAGAGUUGAGCUACGUGAUUGCUGUUUUGACGGCUGGCCCUUCGAUUCCGAUUCCGCGAGGUGUACCGCCGGACGAGGAUGGCAGAUUAUGGCGACUAACCGUUCCAGGAAGCCGCCAGAACAUGAUACGUCCACCGAAUCCUACGGUCCCAACAUCACCAACAAUAACAACAGCAGCAGCCUUCUAAAGCAACGACGAUCGUCGUGUUCCUGCUCGAACAUCGCUAUUAUGCAACUGUUCCACGAGAUGAAGCAAAAAUUUCCAACCGUACCGGAUCACGUAGUGUCGGAUCUGGUGACAGCCAACUGUCACAACCGUCCAGCCUGCAUCGAUAGCUUGGAGAAGGCAGUGCUGGGAACUCCGGCCGCCGUCCAAGCAUACCCUUCACAAUCCAUACACAGUACGAGUUUGAAGCGGCGUAUCAACGAGCGUAAGCUGAACCGACUCGAGAAUAAUUUGAGUGGUGGGAGCAGUGGGAGCAGCAGCAGGGAAAGUAGUGUCGAUAAGAUACCCAAGUGUGCUGGCGGCACUACUGGUAGCAGUGGAACCAAUUUCGCGAAUGCGAAUAACAAUAAUAGGCUACUCGACUCUGAUGAUAUAACACGUGACGGUUUCGGCAGUGCAAACAACACUGAUAAUCGCUCGGCGACGACUGCUUUUGAUAACAACAACAAUCGAAUCGCGUUGAGCAGACCAAAUACGCUCGCGUUUAGUGGUCCUCGGCCAACACGAGUGGCACCGUUACCGCCCAUUAGUUCCACCAUUACGGCUAGUCCUGAACUGGGCGAGACCGUCAAUGUACAGCUCAACGUGACCGUAUCCCCAGUGGCCGGAAGGAGUCCCGUCGGACAAAGACAUACCUCAACCCUGCAGCUGCAACCCGAGCCUCCCUAUUCCCGCGAGUUAGCGCAAGCAUCCAGUAGUUUUAACACAGCCACUCCACAACCACCCGGAGGCAAUGGCCGGAGCUCCACUUCGGUUAAUUUAACCCUCCGGCAACCCACCGAUAGCCCACAGUCACCCAUUCACAUACACGCUAGUCCCCUGAAAUACACAGCCAAAGGUUUUAAUGCCCAGUCGGGCAUUCAGAGCAAACUGGAAAUCACGUUCCGCGACGGAUUUGGAUCGAUCAGCGCCAUGAGGACGCACGUUCCGGGAUACGAUCCCUCGCCAAGCGGUGCAGUGAGCGCUGGUGAGAGUUUACAACAGAGCCAUCUGCAGGAGCUACCGCACUGGGAUCAAACGCAGCUGCAGCAGCAAAUGACGCAAAACUUGCCCACAGCUUUCAACGCUGGCAGUGCGCAAUUUGCAGCAAGUAACGAGAGCGAUGGACUUGACCGGCAGCAGCUGUAUCAGAAUUAUCUCACAGAGAUAGCGAUAACGCAUCAGGUUGGUCAGAAAAAUCGGCUGUGCGAGGAGGUGGACCGAUAUCGGCAGCAGCUGGGGUCGAUUCAGCGGGAAAUUCGGGUGCUGAAACAGCCGAUAUCGCGAAUCGAUGUAGAUUUUGUCAGCAGAGAGGUCCAACUGCUGGAGGAGGAGGUAGACCGAAUGCAGAAAGAGGUCGACUCGGCCGAGUUGAUGGGACCUAACCAAAUACCGGUUGCAUCGGUUGCUGACGGCCUUAGCGCACUCAAUAUAGAAGGAUUUCCGUCUGUUUCGACCGGCCCUAUCAUCAAUCGCCCUCCUCGGCCGCCCAGACCGCCGCCUCCGAAAUUUCCCCCAAAUCAUCCACCCGCACCUACAGCAGCAGCAGUUUCCACAUCGUAUACGAUCGAAGGGCGAUACUCCGGCCGUUCGAACUCGACUCCCGCCGCCAUCGUCGCCGGAAUGAGCGAUUCCGCAGGCGUCAGUGGCGCAAGCACCGGAGAGCAAUGGACUUGCAGCCUUUGUACAUUCCAGAACCAUGAACUCAUGACCAGAUGUGAAGUGUGUUCGUUGCCCAAAAUGCCCGGUAGACUAUCGUCCCAGUGUUCCGCUCCCGCAGCAUCAUCUUCGUCUUCACCAUCACCUUCGCCGCUAUCAUCAUCCGCAUCACCAAUUUCAUCCGCCUCGACGCCUCCCGUUACGACGAUUUCCACACCGCCAGUGGCAACCACUGUUUUGCUGCAAUCCUCUGCCUCCUCUUCCUCGGUUGCUUCGAUACCGGUGGCGGCGACCUCAACGCCACAAUCGCAAUCACCACCGUCCAUACAAAACGCUCAAUAUCAGAAAUCGUCAAUAGAGUGCUGAGUGGAGCGGAAAUUCACGGAAUCCGGACUGGGAGGAAGAGGAGGACUAGGAUAACUACUUUAGCCUGCUAAAAGAAAAAAAAAAUGUCGCCAGAGAUCAAUGUGAAGAGUGUUGAUUUGCACACAACGAAAGCCACACUAAUUUUGGGCUCCGCAAUACUACUGCAUGACAGCGUUGCGCACGACGAUUGAACUGUGAGAGCUUUUAGCGAGUGCAUAGUGCCUAGAUUAUGAAACCUAAACCAAAACAACAACAAAAACGAAUCAAAUCGAUUCUCGAAAGCUCGAUGAAAAUUGACCAAGUGUGCUUGGGAACUGUGGGUGCCGUUGCCGGUGUUACAGUGACCUAAAUGUAGGACGCUUUGCUGUAUAUCAAUGAGUGUUACCCCGUUUUGAAUAACCAAAAACGAUUUUGUAUAUGCCUAACGUACGAUGAUUUUAUAACAUUUUAAGAUUGAUGUGUGCGUGUGCAUGUGCAACAACUGUGCGAAACCCUCCUCUGGAAGGAAACCCGAGCAUAUUUGGCUCGUUACUAUUUAAGAGUAGCGCUUAACCGAAGUGUGAUAACCUUAAUACCUUAAAUUGUUUGAUACAAAGUGAUAAUUUUUAAUAAUUCGGGCCGGAUGUGUAUUGGUAUACAAAACUAGGAUAUAACGUGGAACGAAACAAUUUUUAUCAGGUAUGUUCGAUAGGUUAAACGAAGAUUUUACGAGAGAGGGGCUCUUCUCAACAAACAACAUUCUUUUUGACUAACCAAUAUGAGGGAGUAUUCUCAGACAACCGGCCUACCUGCCCGGUUUGCGAACCAUUCCGGCAUUCGUAAGUGGCCAGAUCGGCAGUUCACUUUUCCACAAUCUACAUCUUUGUAGAAUAUAACAUCGUGAAAAUGUGUAAGUCUGGAAGAAUUUUUUUUAUGAUUGAUAUAACAUAAUCUUUCGUACGCUUUUUGGAUCUCGACCAAGCCGUGAAGCGCGUGGAGUCACUUUUUUCUUGAUUCAUAGAUAUUUAAUCGGGGACAGAAUCAACUAUCGGUUUAAUCGCCCCCUAGAAAUAAGAGUGACCUAUAAAAUUACUUUCGGGGGAACGCUUUUUCCGUCACAUCUUCAGUAAAGAAUUCAUCUUCUAUAGUUGCUUGCAAAUUGAGACAUUUGGCAUCAAAACUAUUUUUUGAAAACCCCGAUUUCGGUGAUUUUUUGGUUUUCAAAAAAAAAACUCAAAUUUAACGUCUGCCACACUAGUAAAUGAAGUCCGAUUGAGCUAAUAUUUUGCAUAGGGUAUAUUAUCUUGCUAAUCAACAUUUCGUGGCAUGUUCCGAAUGAAAAAUCGAGAUAACUAUUUUUAUUGACACCCAAAACCAUAUGUUUCGUCUCAUAUUUCGAAAAAAGAACACUGCAGCUCCGAGACCAGUGGACGGGAUUUCCACUUCCUGACAUGUAUGUCCAUGUUUGUCAGGUACUUUUUCACUGUUUGGCUAGUUGUACCGAUCUCCCGGCCAAGCGCACGCAGCGAUGUAGCUACUUUUCCCUCGACAGCAUCCUUUGGUGCUUCUUGUCGCUCAGGGUCGUCGGCCGUCCGGAACCGGGCUUUCUUUCGAUGCUCUUAUUGUUUUCCAAUAGUGCCAAGAUGUUGUAGAUAUCGGAACGGGUGUAUCCGGAAUCCAAAAAGUGCCGCACGAUGUCCGUUUUCCAUGCGACAGGGUACCGUUCUUUGAACGCGCACAUUUCUGAGCGGAUUAGCUUCACUGUUUUCGCCAUCACGGUUAGAAUUCGACUGAAAGAGCUGUCAACAUGGGUUACUAUGAUUGAUGAUGCAUGAGUAGUUUGGACAGUGAGUGAGAAGGUAAACCCAUGAAAAAUCGGCAAUUUGUGUUCAUUUUUUGAUGCAAACGUUAAUACCUGAGACGAGACAAGACAAUAGGGGGCCGAUUCCGGACCACCACUUCUGUCAAACUUGGACCACUUGUAACUCGGCUUCUGAUUGGUUGAUGAGGAAAAUAAUUGACAAAGAUAAAUAUACAAAAAUGGGAUUUCCAACAUUUUCACAGUGUUGCCAAAUAUAUUCAAAAUUGAAUAAUAGUUGCAUUCACAUUUCAUUUUAGCGAAAAUUUCUAUUAUGGAUUCUUUGUAAGUUUUCGUUUCUAUUACGUCCGGUGUUCAGUUCCUGAAGAGGGAAACAUUGCAUCGGUAUUUCCACCCUACAUCUUUUUGUGAUUCUCUUGCAUUCUAGCAUAGCAUAAUAGCAGCGGCCUAGCAGAGAUGAACAUUCAAUUAUUUUCCAACCGUAAAGCAUAAAUCAUGUUGGAACCUGAAUGAAGCAUACAUAACAACAAAUAAAAACCUGAAUAAACGCUAUGUUAUAUUUUGGAAAUGUAUUAUUUUAUCAAUAUUUCAGUACUGUUAGUGUUUGAACGAUAUCAAAGUUCAAUUAUAAAGCCUUAUUCCUGUUCACGGUGAAAACGAAAUGAAUUGUAUCCGCGAUGAGAACGAUACAGUGUCGACAUAUGGAUACGAAAUUGGUUUUUAACAAGUCUAACUACUCGGCCCGAAGGCACUUUUAAAUUGUUAAAAUCUGAAUGAAAAUUUUUACUUGGCGUUAUUUAUUUACUUGAAGCACGUCUUUCUUACCCUAACUUGAGCAAUUUUCUAUACACUUUCCGAAAUUCUCACUAAAACUUAUCAUUAUAAUAUAAAAUUAUCUUCAGAUACAGUUUUUGUACGAGAUUAUUUUACCAAAUGAAGAAAGCAAAGUUUUUCAUUCACAUUGAACACUAAUUUGAUACGAAAAAGUUAAUUUUUAUUCAUAAUUUCUAUUUGAAAAGGUUCAAUUCCACCUGAAAACUCAUCAUUUUCUUUAACUCGUGAAACGAUAUUUAAUGGCGUGUCGUUCAUUUCGAUUUCAUCGUGAAGUGUAAACGGUAAAGCCCAUAAUCUCUUGAUAAAUAAAAUAUCAUACUCCAACUAUCAAAUCUACGUUUUCUAUUUAAUUUUUCACAUUUAAUUUUUUUACAUACCAAAAUAACAGGAAAGUACUUAUUGUUUGAAAUAUGUGACAUUCGGUUGAACAAUUAAUACAAAAAAAAAUGUGCAGCUCAGAAAAUACAUGAUACGAAGAACACAUGUUUUUCAUGGGGAAAUAAUCUUCCGAAAUUUUAUAACAUUUGGCAACCUUCAUAUCUCGCUUUCCUGUUAUCUAGCACUUGGUCGACGAAAAUGCAGAAAGAAGAGUAAGAAGCCAGUUUUCACGUCUUGUCUUAGGUUAAUACCAUUCCCAGGGUCUCAGACCGACUGCAAGCGUCGAAAUUCGGUAACGAAAAGUGCUGAUUUGUUGAGCAGGAACCCUGUCAAAAUGCUCGUGAUAAAUUAUGAACACGAUAAGUUAUUUUUUAUCAUUACCAUACUGAUUUAUUGUUGUAUCCAUAAAUUGAAGCUGUAAAACACAUUUAAAGAAAAAACGUUAUAGUAGUGCUAAUGUAAAGUAUUAUCCGUAUGAAUACGAACAAAAAAUAUAACAAUUGUUGAAUAACUGUU